CGGAAGUAUUCAUUUCUAGGUUGUCUGCUCCGGUCUGGAGCAUGGCGGGGUUCGCUGAGCUCGGGCUCUCUUCGUGGCUGGUAAACCAGUGUGGACAGCUGGGGUUGAAGCAGCCCACGCCGGUGCAGCUCGGGUGCAUCCCGGCCAUCCUGGAAGGUCGGGACUGCUUGGGCUGUGCAAAAACAGGAAGUGGCAAGACAGCAGCCUUUGUACUUCCCAUCCUGCAGAAGCUGUCGGAGGACCCUUAUGGCAUCUUCUGUUUGGUUCUGACCCCCACCAGAGAGCUGGCCUACCAGAUCGCUGAGCAGUUCCGCGUGCUGGGGAAGCCCCUGGGCCUGAAGGACUGCAUCAUUGUUGGUGGAAUGGACAUGGUGGCACAAGCACUGGAGCUCUCUCGGAAACCACACGUGGUUAUUGCCACCCCUGGGCGCCUGGCUGACCACCUGCGCAGUUCCAACACUUUCAACAUGAAGAAAAUCCAAUUCUUGGUGAUGGAUGAGGCCGACAGGCUUCUGGAGCAGGGCUGCACCGACUUCACCACAGACCUGGAGACCAUCCUGGCUGCCGUUCCGGCCCGCAGGCAGACGCUGCUGUUCAGUGCCACGCUGACUGACACACUCAAAGAGCUGCAGGGCCUGGCUACCAAUCAGCCCUUCUUCUGGGAGGCACAGGCCACGGUUCGCACCGUGGAGCAGCUGGAGCAGCGCUAUCUGUUGGUGCCAGAGAAGGUGAAGGACGCUUACCUGGUUCACCUGGUGCAGACCUUCCAGGACCAGCUGGAAGACUGCUCCAUCAUCAUCUUCACCAACACCUGCAAGACCUGCCAGAUCCUUUGUAUGAUGCUUCGGAAGUUCAACUUCCCUACAGUGGCUCUGCACUCCAUGAUGAAGCAGAAAGAGCGCUUUGCGGCCCUGGCCAAGUUCAAGUCCAGCAUCUAUCGGAUUCUUAUUGCCACUGAUGUGGCCUCGAGGGGCCUGGACAUCCCCGCUGUGCAGGUGGUCAUCAACCAUAACACCCCUGGGCUUCCCAAGAUCUACAUCCACCGGGUUGGUCGCACAGCCCGGGCAGGGAGGCAGGGACAGGCCAUCACACUGGUGACACAGUAUGACAUCCACCUGUUGCAUGCCAUCGAGGAGCAGAUCAAGCAGCAGCUGACGGAGCUGGCCGUGCAGGAGGCUGAGGUCCUGCAGAUCCUCACGCAGGUCAACGUGGUGCGCAGGGAGUGUGAAAUCAAACUGGAGGCUUCGCAUUUUGAUGAAAAGAAGGAGAUCAAUAAGCGGAAACAGAUGAUCCUGGAGGGGAAGGACCCGGACCUGGAGGCCAAACGCAAAGCUGAGCUGGCCAAGAUCAAGCAGCAAAACCGGCGCUUCAAGGAGAGAGUGGGCCAAACGCUUCGGCGGCGGCAGAAAGCAGGGAGCACUGGGCGACAGUCACGCCCUCCUGGACCUCGGCCCCCAGAGCCAGCCCAGGCUAAGGCUCAGGACUGAGCUGUAGACCGCUGCAGGUGGCCCCUCCCCGACUCCAGUAAACCCUCUUUGAACCUGUCA